AUGGAUGAAGAGCCGAUCGACGCGACGGUUAACAUAAAGCGUUUGGAGAAGAACUUAAUGGCGCCGAACGGGAGGGACGGGAGGGAGAAGUUGUCCUCAAAUCGCAACCCAAAUAAGUUCGACACAAAUAGCGACAGAUACGGCUCCACAAACGGACCCAACGGAGGGUCGGCCGGUCAGCAGACGGGUGGCCCUCAACUGUCUCCGACCUCAUUCGCGACGGCAGCCGCAGCCCUGGCCACUGCCGCCGCCGCUAACGGUAUAUCUGUCAACCAAUUGCUGACACAGCUGAUGGCACAGGCAGGUCAACAGCAAAUGCUACUGCAGGCCGCCUUAGCUCAACAGUUACAACAGGCGUCCAAAUUGAGACAGAUGGGACCGCAAGAAUCACGUUUCAAUCAAUUGUUGAAAAACGUGAGCUCACAGUCCCAACAGUCCAUCGACGGCACCGGUAACCAGUUGUCGCACACCUCCAACAACACCUCUUCAGGCCACGGCAGCCAUAAUGAGACACAACAGCACCAGUCGUCGCACCAACAGUCUAGUGGUGGCCAACAGUCUGACCACCAGUCAUCCAAUCACUCGCAACAUCACCACAACAGCUCCGGUGCCGUCAAUAAUGGUACCAAUCAUUUGCAGUCGACUCACAGCACCACUCAUAACAAGAUCAGUACAAAAAGUUUCGCCAAUAGUUUCACCAAUAGUACCAAUAACCUCACGAAUAGUAACAACACGUCAACCCUACUCAACACACACCCGCCGCUCAAAGCGGUCGCCACCCGACCCACGGAUCCCAACCCCGACGAGAUGGCAGACCUCUAUGAGUUGGAACAGUUCGCCAAGACUUUCAAACAGCGACGGAUCAAAUUAGGCUUCACUCAGGGAGACGUAGGUCUAGUUAUGGGUAAACUAUACGGCAAUGACUUGAGUCAGACCACGAUAUCGCGGUUCGAGUUGUUGGACCUAUCCUUCAAAAACAUGUGGGAAUUGAAACCAUUGCUCCAGAGAUGGCUCGAAGACGCCGAAGCCUCACUCAAUAAUCCAAUGGCAUUUCAACUGAGAGGUAUAACACAUUAA